UAAACGUGCAACAAAGUGGUCAAAUGAACGACUUGUGCCACAGCAUCACCAACACAUGCUUAGUCAUCUAAGGCAAUACCGCAAAAAAUUUAGAGCAAAAUUGAAGGUUGAAGAAGAAGCUUCCAAGACUAUAGCUGCUAAACAUUCAAAUUCGGAGUGAAAGUCCCUAGAAUAUACGUGCGGAUCAUACUGUGGCUCCCGGAAAAUCUUGUGUCCCCCAAUUCUAGCUCGCACCCUGAAUCUUUAUCAAACUAUAAACCACUUCGACAUUAUCUACACGUGCCCCGCGUCUGUAUUCUAUAUCGGCAUAUCACCCAAUAGCUUUUGGUGACAUUUCAGCGGGAUCUGGCCGUGAUAAUUAACGUGGUCUUUUAUAAUGGCGUCUGCAUUCAGCUUCGGCUUCGCUGGGGAUGAUAUUGACAUGGACGACUCGGAGUUGAACACUGUUGAUGAGGGGCAUACAUCCGUUGUGCAAGAUAGUAGCAGCACACUCCCUGAACUAGUUGCGGCCCAGAGGCACGAACUGAGUGACUUGCUCUCAAGUCUCCCGUCUCAGGUUUCAUUCAACAAACUCAACAUAAAUAUACCUCAGAAUGACCAAGCCUCCGAAACGACACUCGCACUCGCUCGUCGCGAAGUGUUUGAUAUCCGGACGCAAUUGAUGGCAGAGGAUACUGCCGAUUAUGCGAACGAAGAGCUGAUCUCCGGACUCGAGAAAGGAGAUAUCACGCCCAACAUCUACGAAGGCGGUUUCAAGACGUGGGAAUGCUCAGUAGAUCUCGCGAAGUUGGUUGCUAAUGAAAACAUACUAUCUAACGCUGGUGCGGGGGAUCGACAUAUCAUCGAGCUUGGAGCCGGAACGGCAGUGCCAUCGCUUGCUCUAUUCGCGCAAUUGCUGUCCAACCCCACGGGGUCGUCACAAACUACUCGUUUCACGUUUGCAGACUACAACUCUGUUGUUCUUCGGCUGGUGACUUUGCCUAACCUGCUUCUGACUUGGAAUUAUAUUGUUACGCGUCAGAAGUCGGUGUCAGUUGCUGGGACAGAAGAUCACGUUGAGGAGCUAGAGUUGGAUAUCACUCCGGAACUUCUUGAGUCUUUCCAGAAGGAUCUUGCGGAACGGAGAAUAUCCGUCGAAUUCAUCUCUGGUGCCUGGUCUUCCGCCUUCGUUGACCUAGUGUUCUCGUCGAGUGAUAAAGCCAAGAAUGGAGUGUUGGUUCUUGCUAGUGAAACGAUAUACUCCCCGGCGUCUUUGAGGGCGUUUUCAGAAACGUUGCUGGCUUUGAUCCGUCGUCCUGUCCGGGCAGGCGGGAGAAGUAGAGCUUUGUUGGCAGCGAAGAAAGUCUAUUUUGGAGUCGGUGGUGGUGUGGACGAAUUUUUGGAAGUAUUUAAUACUGUCGGUGGUGAUGAACUGGAUGUGAAGGAGCGGUUGGACGUUAAGUCAGAAGGGGUGGGCAGAAUAGUACUGGAGAUUGCGCCCAAAGGUCGCCAAUAAUAGUAGAUAGAAAGAUAUCGCAUUGAAAGGUCAACCUUGUCCGGGAAUAUUGUGGAUUAUGGGCUUUUCUUUCCCCGGUAGAGCCAGAAAUACAAGACGAUCAGCGACUGAAUCUGUCAACGAAACCUUGAACUGUCCUGUUAUAUGUACAUUAUGCUUGGCCCUGUCAUGCCUACUACCGGCGUCUUGGAACGUGAAAACGAAAUCAAUUUUGUCUAAUCAUAGAUAGAGACAACCUUGCCAUCCUGCAUACGGGCAACACGGGCCUCUUCCAGCUCCCUGUUUUGGCGCUCAUAGUGUGCGGUAACAUGGCUCAUAUCCAUAGCCGAGCCGGCAGGAACGUUGAAAGGAGGGGCGGAGUUGAAGCUGACCCUGGUGAGAGGAAGAAACAGGUUAUGUUAGCUUGCGGUCUGCAAGAGUAGGUGCGG